GAAGUUGCAACGAGAAGGCUACAACCUUGGGGGUAGUACUGCAAAGCGCUAAAUCCGAGUAAUUUUACCAUGUCUGAACAAGUAGAACUGUCCUCUCCACCAUUUGAUAGCGUAUCCUCUGUGCGCUUUUCUCCAACAAACCCUGACCACUUGCUCGUAUCAGCGUGGGACACAACCGUCAGGCUCUACGAUGUUGCCUCUAACGAACAAAAGGCCAAGUUCGACCAUCGGGCUGCAGUUCUUGCAUGUUGUUUCUCAGACGCAGCUCAUGCAUAUAGUGGUGGGCUUGAUACAUGUAUCCGAGAGUUGGAUCUCUCCACUGAAAAGGCCACUGUGCUUGGCCAGCACGACAACGCUAUUUCUUGUAUGAGUCACUCUCAAGAACUAAACGUUACUAUGACAGGUUCAUGGGACCAGACAGUGCGGUUUUGGGACCCUCGUGCCUCUUCACCUGAACAAUCUACACACAAACAACCGGAACGCGUAUAUCAUAUUGAUGUUAUCAAAAAUACGCUAGUAGUAGCCAUGGCUAGUAGAUUAUUCAACAUAUACGAUAUCCGCAAUAUGGGCCAAAUAUCACAGCAGCGAGAGAGUAGCUUAAAGUUCAUGACGCGAUCCAUGGCCUGCAUGAUAGACGGUCAAGGUUAUGCUAUGGGGUCUGCAGAGGGAAGAAUUGCUGUGGAAUAUUUCGACCCAAGCCCCGAAGUACAAGCAAAGAAGUAUGCGUUCAAAUGUCAUAGAGUAACCUCCGACGGCGUUGAUCAUGUUUGGCCUGUCAACGUUCUCGCUUUCCACCCCACCCUGAAUACAUUUGCUUCCGCUGGCUCUGACGGCUCUGUCUCCAUUUGGGACCACGUAUCGAAGAAACGUUUGCGCCAGUAUCCCAAAUACGACGCACCUAUACCUUCGCUUGCAUUCAACUGUGAUGGCACACGUCUUGCGGUGGGCGUCAGCUAUAUGUGGGAUGAUGGUGAGCACGGUGCAAAAACAGCUGAGAGACCAGCAGUAUACGUACGAAAAGUUGGCGAUGAAGUCAAGCCCCGACAACUUGCCAGUUAAACAUUUUUCCUCCAGCGAUGAUUUUUGUUGAGUGUAGUGCAAGCUGUGAACCUGUAUUCUCGAACUGAUAUGCAAUAGGAGCGUGCAAUUUCAAAAGGUUUGAAAUGUGGUUGUGUUGGCGAAUUUAGCCUACUGUAGCGUGCGCACAAAUCCAGGCGACCUGCCGGUGUGAUGAUAUAGGCUCACGAUAGUCCCUGUCAUACGAGCACUGAUAUGACAGGCUCACGAGUAAUGAGAUAUUUAAAAAAAACAUUCCGGACUGAUCGUCGUCGUUAUAUAUAUUGUGUAUUACAGCGCCUAUCACUUUUUGGAAUAUGCGAUAAGGUUGCGCC